CCCCUCCCCCGCUCCAUGCAACACACAUCUCAGAGAGAAAUAAUAGCAAUUGAUGGAGAUGUUCAAGCUGUGUGUAAUGCUCCUGUUGGCAGCCGUUGCGGCGGUGGCCACGGCGGCUCGCCAGGUUCCCGGUGGUGGCCAGAUGGAGCUCGUCGAUGCCGUUGAAGUGAAGGCGGCGGAGUUACCGGCGGAUAUUGGGGAUGCUGUUCGUGACCAGAAGAAUUUUCUCUACGGCGGAGUUGGCGGCUUCGCUGGCAUGGGCGGGUACGCGGGAAUGGGCGUAAUGCCGGGGCUUGGUGGUGGUGUCGGGAUCGGAAAAUUUGGCGGAAUUGGUGGUGCCGCUGGGUUCGGAAAAUUUGGCGGAAUUGGCUUGGGUGGCCCCGGCGGAGGAGCUGGUCUUCCCGGUGGCGGUGGCCUCGGCGGCAUAGGUGGCGGAGGAGCUGCUCCUCCUGCUGGAGGAGUUGGCGGCGGAAUAGGCGGUCUAGCUGGGCACGGGCUUGGCGGACUAGCUGGGCACGGGCUAGGCGGACUAGCCGGGCAUGGGCUUGGUGGAGCUGGUGGAAUAGGCGGCCUGGCUGGGCACGGGCUCGGCGGCCUACCUGGGCACGGGAUUGGCGAUGCUGGUGGUAUUGGAGGCAACAGUCCUCCCGGUGGUGUUGGCGGUGGAUACGGCGGAGUUGGCGGCGGUCCGGGUGGCGUUGUUCCCCCAUAAGUCGUAAAAUUGUGUUGCUAUAUUUCCAUGAUCAGUGUUUUGUGAUAAAAUAUUAGUGCCGUGUGAUUGGGUGUUGUAUUGUAGCUGUAGUGAUUCGAUGGCUGUGUUUUAUUUUUGUAGYGAUUCGGUGGUGGCUUUGUGUUCAAACUUAUGCAUGCAUGCACAUGCACGUACUAUUUCUCAGUCUUCAAUCAAAUAACUAUUCGUCAUCUAUUAUUCCAGAAAA